AGACAUGCAGACACAGGUAGCAUGACACGGUGGAGAUCUCUCUCUUUUUGUUUUUACAGCUGUGGUUCAGAGCAGAGUAAUGCUCUUUUAACCAUGAUGAGGAGCCUCUGAGGAAGAUUUUCUCUCUUUCGACUCAGUAUUUGAAUUUUCCAGCUCUUCACUGACAGUUUCAGCAACAUGAGUAUGAAAAAGAAGAAGGGGCUGGUCAUCAGCUGGCACAAGUCAAUGUCCAUCUUGGCUCCUUGGAGGAAAGGUAAAGGAGACAGGGAUGCCUUUCUGGAAAGAGAGGUUGUUCUGACAAAACUGAAGCUUUUCAACAACUUCCAUGAAAAGCUCCUGACGGCCGACGACUCCCUCUCCACUGUCUCCACCGUGUCAGUGUCUGACCAGGACAUCUUGGACCCCCCCAAGGCCUCUAAGGUAAAUUCCCACCUGGAAGACAAGCCAGGGCAGCCUGGGAUGGAGUCCGGCUCAGACUACCUGUCUGCCAUCUUCUCCCACUCUCAGCUCCCCAGGUUGUACAAGUUUGAAUCAGAGGACUCUGGAGUAGAGCUGCCCAGUGGAGCCAACUCUCCGUCCACACCGAUGGGCUCGGAGCAGAGCUUUGUGGUCCACAGCCGAGAGUCCUCCUGUGAUUCCUGCCACCUAAACCCCGACCAUACCUCUCUCCCUAACAUUCUGGGUUUAAACAUUUCGAGCUCUGAGACUCAGCAGCAAAAGGACUCACAGGAUCCCAGUUUGAAUGCAGCAGUAGAUACUCCAGACGAUGUCUUCUUACACAGAGACAAACUAGGUUCACCAGCUGGGAUGGUAGAACUGGACAUGGAUCAGGACACGGACCAGAACAAGGCUUCAGAAAGUCUCCCUGAAGGAGAUGGAGAGAAAUCUGAACAAUGUGAGGAGAGCGUUUCUUUACCUGAAAGUAUCUGCAUGGAGAGUAUGACGCCUGCAGAGGAAUCCUCAUCAGGGACGGGAACUGAGUCCAUGAGGAGGAGUGACAGUCUGGAGGAGUACAUGGACCAGUGCUGCCGACUCAGCCAGGAGCAGCAGCAGAGUCCCAGUCCUCUGGGAUCUGGUCUGGGUUACCUGCAGCACAUCUGCCAACUUAUAGAGAAGAUCGGCCAUCUCCAGGAGAUAAACCUGCGGUUGCAGAGGCAGAUCUGCAGUCUGCAGAAGGACGGCAGGAUGACCAAGACUAAGGAGGACUUUUUCCAGCAGCACUGCAGUUGUGGUGCAGCCAACAUCUCCUUCCAGGAGAUUCAGAAAAGACGCUGCAGAGGUGACUUUUUAUCCCUGAGUGGAACUCUGUCUGACCUGUCCACCAUCCCGGAGGUCAGCCGGCAUCCUUUAAUGUCACCCAGCAGAGGGAUGAGCAGUGAAAGUCUGACACCCCUGCCUCUGUGGAGGAGAAGCAUGAACCGAAGGAGUUACACUGAGGGGGAGGCCCGCUUCCUGGGAGACGUGGAGGGGCUUUCUAUCCCCCAGCGCAGGCUCAGUGAAAACUACACCUGGGGCCGAGUCAAAGACCUGAUGAGGAAAAGUAAAGUGAGGAACCAGAACAGGCUGGGACUCAUUUCCACGUCCCUGAAGAUGUCAUGUCCACAGCUGUACAGGCCGGAUCUAGAGCUAGCAGAACAAGUCGGCAGAAACAGGAACUCCAUGAUUGCUUUGGGCCACCAGAGCAAACUGGACUUGUCUUGGCUUCAGUGAACAUCCAGUUUAAAUCAGAUCUAAAGGAGGAAGAGGAUGCCGUGAAGUUAUUGAGAACAUUAAACAAGUCAAAGGGAAGAGGAGGAAGAACGUGUGGAAGUGAAGGAGUUGACUACUGAUGAAUGACAGCGAUGUGUGACAGGCUGGGAAGGUUUACUCUGAGAUUUGGUAGAUUGUAAAUAAAUUCUGUUCUCACUGAAAUAAGAAAAUGUGGCAACAUCUGCACUGUGAUAUAAUUUAUCAACUUUAUGCAUUCUCUGUUUAUAUCAGCUAAAUGAACUAUUAGGUUUUGCAUGAACAAACUGCAAAACGUAAUAGGAAAUAAACACAUUCUGAUUCACAACUUCGACAUUUGCAAGAUGUUGUAAAUACAAACUUGAUCUUUGUCCAGCAUCUAUAAGGUGGUUUGAAUGGAGGAGAUGAACUGCAGCGCUUCGGUGAGCAUGGCGCACACACCACAGUAAAAUAUGAGCUGCAGAUAACAUGUCAGACUGUACAGACACACUGCAGCCUGAUAACUAGUCUUAUAACAUCAGAAACAUCCCAGACGAAAAUCUCUUUCAACAAACCACAACUUCCUCCGGGCUGGAUAUGCACACUUCUGAUUUUCUAAGGAGGAGGACUGAAGUUAGCUUCUUGAGCUGCUGUGUUGCCAGAUAUGCAGUGAUGUGUUUUACCUUCAAUCUCCACAAAGUUAGUGGUGUUUUGUUCUCAUUUAUUUCUCUGCAGCUAAAGCAAGCUGCUCAACUUCUGAAGAUUCUGGCUUUUCCACAAUGAAGGCAGAACAGUUUGUUAGCUAUAAGCUAAUCCAGUUAGCCCUGCAGUCGUACGGGCAGGGGCCACUUUCACUGACUAACAUGAAGCUGAGCUGUGAUUUUAGACCCACUCUUAAAACUCCUGCAGAGAUCUACAAAAACCUGCUCAACAUCCUCAACAACUACACAGUUCUUACAAAGAUCUCUGUCUUUUAACACACUUUAAUCAGCUGCUGUCCGACACUAAUGACACGUUUCAUGUACAUUUCUGAAUUCAGUUUAUUUGGACUUUAUGUUUGUUAUAGCUCCUGCCCACUAACUGGUUCUUCUAGCUGGUUCCUCUGACUCAGUGUCAUUCAGGUGUCAUGCCCUGCAUGUCUUAGAUGUUAUCCUACUCCAACACACCUGACUCAGAUCAAUGGACCUCCUCAUCAGGCUCUUUGCCAGCCUGUUUGCCAGGGAUGUUAAAGUGUAGAAACACCCACAACAUGCAUGGCAGUGGUACUUGAGGAUCGGAUCCUCUUGGUUUCGCUUGGUUCCUUUCAUUGGUUGAAGUUUGAUGUUAUUCUGUUUAGUUCCUUCUUCUUCCAGUUUUUAGUGAGGACUUCACAGAUCACCACGCACCUGCUCGUUCUUCUUCUGCUGUCCCUUUUGUGUCUUAAUGUUCAGCUGCUCAACAAAACAUGUCAAGACAAACCAGCUGAAAAGGGUAUAAUUACUUUUUGAAGCCUCCGUUAGCAGUAAUUACAGCUGCAGAUCUAGUUAGGCCCUUCUAGUCACUAGGAUUCUUGCUCAUUCUCUAAGGCUUUAGCGGCAGGUUUUAAAAGCUCCAUGGGCACGCUGAACGGUCCAGCUCUUUCCUGGUCUGUUUUCUGGAAAAUUGGAACAGGUUUUUCUCAAGAAUGAGUCUGUUGUAACUAUCUAUCAUUCCUUCUGCUCUGAAGAGGUUUCAAGGCCAUGCUGAUGAAGAACCUCCCCACAGCAUGAAGCUGCCACCACCAUGCUUUACUAUGGGGAUGCUGUUCUUACAGUGCUGAGUUUUUUUUAAGCAAUAACGAGCUUUAUGUUUUUAAUAUGACCCUUUACAGAUGGUUUGAUCCCUUCUGUGAAGCUUUGCAGCUCAUUACUGGUUACCUUUGACCUUUUUGCUGCUCAUUCUAGUUCCUGAGACCUGACACGUUGUGUUUGAUGUGCAUGUUUUUAACGCUGCCAUGUUGUUCCUAUUUUACUUUGGUUUUAAGGAUUUUUAUAAAUAAAUAUAUUUCUAUUUUGUAACCAGUCCCUGAUCCAUUCUUCAGAUCUUCAUCCCUGACCUGUUUAAGGAGCUCUUUGGUCUUUGUUGGACUGUUUGCUUGUUGGUGCUUCUUAUUUAGUGACAUUAUUAUUUUCUUGGCACUUUCAAGAUGUUACUUUUAAUAUUAUGAGUUAUUUUGUCAUAUGUUCUUUAGACGUUUUAGAUUCAUGAAACCCAGAAAAAUAAAUUUUACAGCCCACUAAAGCUGCAGCAGAACGGUCCAGUUUGAUGUGCAGCUCAUAAAUCUGCCACGAUUCUGUUGUAGGUUUUAUGAUAGUAAAGGAUACGUCAUGUGUUUUAUACAGUAACAAAACAACAUAUUUAAUCUCUAAUGUACUACAUUACUUUGAUGACUAUGCAGUUUAAGAAGGGAUGUUGAAUUUUGUCAGACAGCACAAACUGUGUAUAAUUUAUAUCUGAUGUUUAUAUUCAGAACAUCAGAAAACUGUAUAUGUUUUAUACUUUGAAGAACUUUGUACAAAUUUAUUUUUAAAAAUAAAGAU